CUCACGGCUCGGCUCGUCUCGGCUAAACCCUGCAGGCUGCAGCGACAGAGAGAGCUUUGCAGUAGCAGCACCGGUCGGCUAGGUACGUACGUUACUUAGCACGCUCGUGACACCGAGAGAGAGGAGGGAGAUGGCGGGGGGAGGAGGGGGGCGGGAGUUGCCGGAGACGCCGACGUGGGCGGUGGCGGUGGUCUGCGCCGUCAUCGUGCUCAUCUCCGUCGCCAUGGAGCACGGCCUCCACAGGAUCGGCCAUUGGUUCCAUAAGAAGGACAAGAAAGCCCUGGCCGAAGCGCUCGAGAAGAUCAAAGCAGAGUUGAUGCUUUUGGGAUUCAUAUCGCUGCUCCUCACCGUGGCACAAACGCCCAUCACCAAGAUAUGCAUUCCCAAGUCAGCUGCCAACAUCAUGCUACCGUGCAAGGCAGGUCAAGAUGCCAUCAAGAGCAGCAAGGGCAACAAGGACGAUCGCCGGAGGCUUCUCUGGCUCCCCGUAGAAGAAGAGAGCCAUCGCCGGUCGUUGGCCGGCGCCGCCGGCGCCGACUACUGCUCGAAAUUCGAUGGCAAGGUGGCGCUGAUGUCGACAAGCACCAUCCACCAGCUGCACAUAUUCAUCUUCGUGCUCGCUGUGUUCCAUGUCACCUACUGCGUCAUCACCAUGGCUCUAGGGCGUCUCAAGAUGAAGAAAUGGAAGAAAUGGGAAUUAGAGACCAACUCGCUGGAGUAUCAGUUCGCAAACGAUCCUUCACGGUUCAGAUUCACGCAUCAGACAUCGUUCGUGAAGCGGCAUCUGGGACUGUCAAGCACACCUGGGCUCAGAUGGAUUGUGGCAUUCUUCAGGCAGUUCUUCGGGUCAGUCACCAAGGUGGACUACCUGACCAUGCGGCAAGGCUUCAUCAAUGCGCAUUUGUCGCAGAACAGCAAGUUCGACUUCCACAAAUACAUCAAGAGGUCAUUGGAGGACGACUUCAAAGUUGUCGUUGGCAUCAGUCUUCCAUUGUGGUUUGUCGCAAUCCUUGUGCUCUUCCUUGACAUCGAGGGGCUUGGCACUCUUAUCUGGAUCUCUUUUGUUCCACUCGUUAUUCUCAUGUUGGUUGGGACCAAGCUGGAGAUGGUUAUCAUGGAGAUGGCCCAGGAGAUACAGGACAGGGCAACUGUGAUCAAGGGAGCACCUGUCGUUGAACCCAGCAACAAAUACUUCUGGUUUGGCCGACCUGACUGGGUCUUGUUCUUCAUUCACUUGAUACUGUUCCAGAAUGCAUUUCAGAUGGCACAUUUCGUAUGGACUCUGGCAACACCUGGCCUGAAGAAAUGCUUCCAUGAAAACAUGGGCUUGAGCAUCAUGAAAGUCGUAGUUGGGUUAUUCAUUCAGUGCCUAUGCAGCUACAGCACCUUCCCUCUCUAUGCACUCGUCACACAGAUGGGAUCAAACAUGAAGAAGACCAUCUUCGAGGAGCAGACGAUGAAGGCCCUGAUGAACUGGAGGAAGACGGCGAGGGAGAAGAAGAAGCUCAGGGACGCCGACGAGUUCCUGGCACAGAUGAGCGGCGACACGACGCCAAGCAGAGGGGCGUCGCCGACGCCGAGCCGCGGCUCGUCGCCGGUGCACCUGCUGCACAAGCACAGGGUGAGGUCGGAAGCUCCGGCAAGCGCGCCGACCUCGCCGGGGUUCGCCGGAGAGGUCAGGGACAUGUAUCCGGUGGCGGUGCCGGUGGCGCCGGUGGUGGUGCAGUCGCAUGCGUUUAACCGGCAAGACCCAGAAAGGAGGAGGGCGGCAUCCUCGUCGUCCAUCCAAGUUGACAUCGCCGAUUCUGAUUUUUCCUUCAGUGCGCAGCGGUGAUGAGCGACGGUUUUUUUUUAACUGAAAGUUGUAUAGCAAAUAUAGGAGUUCAAUGCAUAAUUGGUAAAUUAGAGAUUAGAUAAGUACAGCCGAUUCUUUUGAAACAAUAAAUAUAGCUAUAGCUUUGUAUGGCAUUCUCUCGGAAGAACAUGCAAGCAGCAGUUCGGAACAGCAA